CAGCGCCAAAAAUUUGAAAACCAAAGGGUUUUGAAAAGCAUUCGAUGCCUGUUUGGUAGGCUGAUAUUAUCUCUUCAGUGACUAAUACAAUGUCCCGUUUACCUGUCUUUUUCGGGAAACGCCCUCCCGCCGCAGAUGGAGAUGUUCAGCAACCAGCAUUGAAGAAGCUACGCAAGGUUGAGACAGAGGCUCCUCGGAGGAUUAACUCUGCUGUUAGUGUUGACCUAACCAGACGCCCUGGACUAGCCAAAGCAACAGCUAGGCUUCAUUCUACGGCAGCAGCAACUGUGGCAGUAGCCCCCUCAAGAGGAGGCAUCAAAAAGACAUCUGUACCUUCAGUGGUUGCCAAAGGUGUUGGACCAUCGCGGAGACCAGGAUGGGACAUUAAGGGAAAAGCCAGCGACAUGGAGAGCAAAGUCCAGAGACGCCUUAAGUCUGUUAAACAGACAAAUGAGGCCCUAAAAGGCACUAUUGCAAAGAAAAGAAAUGUGGCUGGGAUGCAAGAGGAUAACAGAAGACCAAAACAGGGCAUCAGGGCAAUGGAGCUGGCUAAUCUGGUAGUUCUGAAGGAUGAUUUGGCGUCAACCUCUAAAGAGAGAGAUUGUCUGAAGAAUGAACUAAAGAAAUUAACAGAUGAACAUGAUGUUCUGCAAAGACUCAGGGAUGAUCUGGAAACCCAGCUCCAUAAUGUGCAAAGCGAGCUGUCUAUUCAAACGUCUGCUCUAGGCUGCUGUCAGGACAGUCUGCGAGAGAGUCAGGACAGAGUGAAAAGCUUGGAGAAGACAGUGGCCCGCCAGCAGGAUGAGCUCCACUAUCGAGAAAUCGAACGCAGGAAACUUCACAAUGCACUUCAGGAGCUGAAGGGCAACAUCAGAGUCUUCUGCAGGGUGCGACCUUUGUUUUCCAACAAGAAUAUAACCAUCUCGCAUAUUCAUCUGCCAGUCCAUGACAACAAGUCUCUAACACUUGCAAAAAUGGAAGAGUCCCACACAGGGCGUAAUGCUGACGUUCAGAAAAACUAUAACUUCAGCUUUGACCGUGUGUUUGGGCCAAGCAGCACACAGAGUGAGGUCUUUGAAGAGAUCUCCCUGCUGGUGCAAUCGGCUCUGGAUGGCUACAACGUCUGCUGCUUUGCAUAUGGCCAGACGGGGAGUGGCAAGACUUUUACAAUGGAGGGGGGCAUGGAAGAAAUGCAGGGAGUCAUUCCCCGAGCUGUCCAGCAGAUUUUCAAGUCUGCCAAGUCGCUUGCUGAGCAAGGAUGGCAGUAUACUUUUAUAGCCAGUUUUGUUGAAAUUUACAAUGAAACCCUGAGGGACCUCCUCUACAUGGGAAAAACCAAUAAGAGGCCAGAGCAUGAGAUUAGGAAAACUUCAAACAAUGAAGUAACGGUCACCAACUUGACCUACCAUAAAGUUACAACGGAGGAUGAGGUUUACAGCUUGAUCAUGUUGGCAAACCAGAACAGGUCUACUGCCAGAACAAACAUGAAUGACCACUCCUCUCGCUCCCAUUCCAUUUUCCAGCUGGACAUUGUGGGAGAGAACUUUGGUCGAGGCACCAAUUGCAAGUCUUCUCUGUGCCUGGUGGAUUUGGCAGGCAGUGAGAGAGUCCAAAAGUGCAAGUCUCAAGGAGAACGAUUUAAGGAAAUGACUGCCAUAAACUCUUCUCUCACCAACUUGGGCAUUGUAAUCACUUCUUUGGCCAAUAAGGAGAGUUUUGUUCCCUAUCGUAACUCUAAGCUUACCCAUCUUCUUCAGGGAUGUCUUGGUGGGAACAGCAAAACCUUGAUGUUUGUAAACAUUUCACCAGAAGAAGAGAGCUUCAGUGAAUCCCUCAAUUCACUUCGCUUUGCCAGCAAGGUGAAUGAGUGCAUUAUUGGAACAGCCACUGCCAAUCGGAAGUAGCUCUCAUAUCUCUAUCUCGCACCGAGGUGUGCAGAGGACUCUGCCCAAUCUAUACUCCCCUUAUAUUUUGUUAUUAAUAUGACUAAUUCGAUGUUAAACCUCUCUACCCUGCAAACACUCUAUUACAUCAGACUCACUUUGGUUCUUCUUUUUGACCAUUUUUAAUGACAAUAUAAUACGUGUACAAUACUGUCCAAGAAAUGCUUUGGCUUCUUUUAUCUUUCUUGUAUUUUUCGAAGAUGACAUUUUAAACAAUAUUAACCAAUACUUUCUAAUGCAUUACUGUGUUUGU